CAAGUGAUGAUUUUUGCUCUAGAUGAUAGUGAUCAUAGUUAUUAUGCCCUUGAAUGGACUCUUGAUCAUUUUUUCCCAUCUCCAUCAAUUUCCAAUUUUAAACUUAUAAUUAUUCAUGCAAAACCUACUCCAAAUUCUGUUGUUGCAAUUGCUGGACCAGGUACAAGUGACAUGUUUACAUUGGUAGAAACAGACAUUACAAAGGCUGCCCAAAAAACUAUUGACAAAUCUAAAGAAUUAUGCAAGACUAAAGGGGUGUCAAAUGUAGCAUGUGAAAUUCUUGAAGGUGAUGCUAGGAAUGUUAUUUGUGAAGCUGUUGAGAAAUAUCAUGCCUCUAUUUUGGCCAUGGGAAGCCAUGGAUAUGGAGCUUUCAAAAGGGCUGUUUUGGGUAGUGUAAGUGACUAUUGCUCUCACCAUGCUCAUUGCUCUGUGAUGAUUGUGAAGAAGCCAAAGCCAAAAGUUUAAGACAACUUUUUUUU